AUGGCUACUUCUGCUGGCGGUAGACGCAUAGAGAAUGAUACCUCUCUAGAAGCUCUUGCUGACGUGUUCAAGUGUUUUAUAUGUAUGGAACAACUGGAUAAUGCGCGAAUGUGUCCACACUGUUCUAAAUUGUGCUGCUUCGAGUGUAUUUGUAAAUGGAUUACAGAAAAUAAGGCCCAAUGUCCUCAUUGCAGGCGAACACUAUAUACACAUGCUCUGAUCAACUGCAGAUGGGCCGAUGACGUUAUCCAACAGUUAGACCGUUUAAAAAAUGCGGAUGAGAACUUGACAUUAAAGACACCGGAUUCCAAUACAGAUCUGUGUGAGUCUCAUAGCGAACGCUUGACGGUUUACUGCACCACCUGUGAUCGUGUUAUUUGUCACCGUUGCGCUCUCUUUGACGGUCGUCAUGGGCAACACACUUUCCGCCCUUUGGACGACGUAUACCAGGAACACGUAGAUGCCAUCAAAAGUGAAAUGGACAAACUUAAGAGUCGACGUAACGAGGUUCAACGUCUUAUUGAUGACGUGGGAGACAAUAUUUUGAUACUUAACGCGAGAAAAGAGAGCCGCGUAGAGGAAAUUAAAAAAGUUGUUGAGUCGAUCAUCCUUCGCUUAGAAUCGCGUCACACCUCUAAGUUGUCAACGUUGACUGCCCAACGCAAUCACCUAACGCAGGAGACAGAGCUGUUGAAUUCUUUGCUGCACGAAGUUGAAGCUCAGUUGAGCUCAACAACUCCUGCGAAUCUUAUCUUUCGAUCGCCUGCUCUUUCGGCAAUGUUUGCUGAAGUCCAUAAGACUCCAAUGCCUUCCGUCAACUGUGAUUAUAGUCCUUAUGACUUUGCAAGCGAACUCGUACCGCCCUAUGCGACGGGCGAAUUUGUGAUCCACGGCUUUAGUCGCGUGCGGCAGCGAGCAGAACCAAUUUACAGCCCUCCACUGGAGUGUGGCGCAUUAAAAUGGCGACUCAAAGUGUACCCCAACGGUAACGGCAUCGUCCGCGGUCAAUAUCUGUCCGUCUUUCUCGAAAUGACCGCUGGCAGAAGGGAACCCUCAAAGUAUGAAUACUAUAUUCAGCUAAUGCAUCAGGGCCCGCCACAAGACAAUGCAAAGUGCAUUGCCCGUGAAUUCGCCUCCGACUUUGCCGUUGGUGAAUGCUGGGGCUACAAUCGUUUUAUCCGACUGGAUCUCCUUGAUAAUGAGGGCUACGUCUCCUCCCUUGAUGACUGCCUCUGCUUUAAUUAUAUGGUUCGUCCGCAGACCUACCAGCAACAGUGCCGUGAUUAUCUGUGGUAUAUUACACAGCUGGAAGAUCAGAAGGAGCAGUUGCGAGAACAGAUACGGAGACUGGACACCCAGCUUCGUAGGCAGAGGUGCUUUUCCGCAUCCACGUUUGCAACUGCUUUGUCAAAUGAACAGCCAGGAUCCUUUUUACUAGGAGAUUCCCAAGGCCUCAGCAUUGUUGGUGAAGGUGACUGUGGCGACACCCUUCACCUUUCAAUCACCUCAGAGCGUUGUCCUGCUCCUACCCCCGCCACCGCCGUCGCCGGGCCCGCCACACCUUCGGGAAUCAGUGAGGAGGAAGCAAGAGGAGGAGAAAAUACUGUGUCGACGUCCGCACCACUCACUGUUCAUGAAGAGGAAACGCACGAGGCGGACACUCAGGUGGGAAGCGAGGGUAUCAAUGAUUUUGACAGCGAUACUGAUGUUGAUAGUGAAGAUUGUGAGGGCGAUAUGGGAGGCCUUGUGCUCAAUAUCCUACCGGAUGAGGUUCGCUCCCAGGAAGGGGAGGAGGACGGAGCAGAGGGCAUGUCGGUGGAUGAAGAGGAGGGAGAGGAGAGAACUGGGAAUCUGGAGCGGCAACAGAGGGAUCAGGAAGAGGACUUCAACAAAAGUGGUGUGGAACACUCUCUUUACGCACAAGUGCCUACUCUAGUAGACGCCGACUUCGUCACGGUGCCCCAAAGCAACGGUAGUAACAACUUUGGCGAUGUCGGCGGCAAUCAGCUUUCUAAUUCCCCAAUGCGCUGCGACAUGAGACAACUCUUCUACUACUACCUGAAGAUUGCGCCACGCUGGAUUUCCCGUGGGAGCAGCGCAGGAGCAUCAUCCACACGGGCAGCUGAAUAUACAGAACAGCUUCUCCAGCGCAUUUCGGCUAGGUUGUCUGUAGUAGAACAGGGCAAGGCAGAGGAAAGUGAAAGAGGAACGAGCGUGAUGGCACAGUUAAACACCAACGGCGGUGAGGAUGAAUACCGGUCUGAAGUCGUCUACGGCCUCCUACACAGCCUUCAAAAACUCAAAUUAUUACGGUCUAACAGUGAUCUUUUCUCCAACAUCGAUGUCAAUAGGAAUAAUGCAUUUCAUGACAUAUUUGGUGAUGUCUUUCUCAGACAAAGGCCUGAUGAUGGAGAUGCGGACCAAACUCUGGACGGUGAACGUCGCCCACGCGGACAACGCUCCGCUUCUGUCUCAAGGAUCUCAGGCUCCACAGUUACGUCUCGUUUAGCUGACGAACGUGUCCGAGGUCGACCAGAAACUGAUCUGCUUUUAUCUGACCCCUUGCCGUCAAACGGCGAUCUAUUCACGAGUCGUUCGAGCCCAUUGGACCUCUCUGUACCCUCACCGUCUACCUCUCUCUCCACGGAUGCUUGUGUAAACCUGGACAUUAUUCGCGAACGGAUUCGUGAGAUUCAAGAUGGAGUCAUCGCACAUGCUCCAAUUUUGGCUGAUUCCACACCGAACCGGUCUGGCGACAGCGAACACGAAAGUCGGCAAGUAUCAACCUCCUCCUCUAGUGAUGCGACAAGAGCAGAAACGGAUACGAGUUUCUGA